AUGUUCCAGACUAAUUUGACAUCUGUAACAUUUUUUUUCAUCCUGGGAUUUUCUCACUACCCCAAAGUUGAGGUCAUCAUAUUUGUGCUGUGCUUGCUGAUGUACCUGAUCACCCUGCUGGGUAAUAUCAUCCUGAUCUCCAUCACUGUCCUGGAUUCCCACCUACACAAACCCAUGUACUUCUUCCUCAGCAACCUGUCCUUUUUAGACAUCUGGUACACCUCCUCUGCUUUCACUCCAAUGUUGACAAACUUUGUUUCAGGGAAACACACCAUCUCAUUCUUAGGAUGUGCUGUUCAGAUGUACUUCUCUCUGGCCAUGGGUGCCACUGAGUGUGUGCUCUUGUCCAUGAUGGCCUAUGACCGGUAUGUGGCCAUCUGCAACCCCCUGAGAUACCCCAUCAUCAUUAACAAGAGGGUCUGUGUGCAGAUUGCAGCUGGCUCCUGGAUGACAGGCUGCCUCACCGCCCUGGUGGAAACAGUAUUCGUGCUGCAGCUGUCUCUGUGUGGUAAUAACACAAUCAAUCAUUUCGCUUGUGAAAUUCUGGCUGUCUUGAAACUGGUUUGUAUGGACACCUCCAUGGUGGAAUUACUCAUGCUGGUAAUCACCACACUUAUCCUUCUUAUGCCAAUGCUUCUAAUUUGUAUCUCUUAUGCCUGCAUUCUCUCCAGCAUCCUAAGAAUUAGCUCAGUGGAUGGUCGAAUUAAAGCGUUUUCAACAUGCGCAGCCCACCUGACUGUGGUGGUUUUGUUCUACGGGACAGCUCUCUCCAUGUACCUGAAGCCCUCGGCUGUAGAUUCACAGGAAAUAGAUAAAUUUAUAGGUUUGGUAUAUGGCGGAUUAACCCCUAUGUUGAAUCCUAUCAUCUAUAGUUUACGGAACAAAGAGGUGAAAGAAGCUGUGAAAAAGUUGUUGAUUAGAAAUCCUUUUGGUACUGUGUUUAAUUUCUGUACUCAAUAA